AUCAUCUUACUGAAAACUGGUGCUUUGUCGGUCAGUUACAGUGGUUCUUAUCACAGAUCAUUGAAUUGGUCUCUAUUAAACCAGAACGACGUUUCCUUGAUUGCAGUCAACUGUAGCGAGUUGAAACCAACAAACGUAAAGAUGUCCAAAGCAAAGCGUGUCUGUGUGAUUGGUGCAGGUCCCAGUGGUAUGUCAGUGCUGUAUCACUUCAAUAAACUGAAAGAACAAGGUAAAGAAAUUCCUGAAAUUACGUGCUUCGACAAGCAGUCGGACUGGGGAGGGCUCUGGAAAUACUCUUGGGAAACUGGCAUCGAUCAGUUCGGCGAACCCGUCCAUGGAAGUAUGUACCGAGGCCUCUGGUCUAAUGGUCCGAAGGAAGCUUUAGAGUAUCCGGACUACACCUUUGAAGAUCAUUUCAAAAAGGCAAUUCCAUCCUUCCCACCUAGAGAGGUUCUCUUUGACUAUCUGAAAGGUCGUUGGACCAAAGGCGAUCUUCGACAUUGGGUCCGUUUCAACCAUGUCGUCCGUCAGGUGACCUACAACGACGAUACUGACGACUUUUCAGUGGUUGUCAAAAGCCUUGCCGAGGACAAAGACCUUCCUGUUCAGAAGUUUGACUACCUUAUUGUAGCGAGUGGACACUUUUCUGUGCCGAGCGUUCCCUCUUUUCCAGGAAUAGAGGAGUUUCCUGGUCGCGUGAUGCACUCGCACGACUUCCGAAAUGCUUAUCAGUUCCAAGGUCAGACGCUACUUGUAGUCGGCUCCAGCUAUUCCGCUGAGGAUAUCGCCUUACAAAACCUCAAAUAUGGCGCAAAGAAGAUAAUUUGUUCCUACAAGACCAGGCCGAUGGGAUUCAAGUGGCCCCCUGAGAUCACUGAGAGACCCCUGCUAACCAGGAUCGAGGGCAAAACCGUCCACUUCAAGGAUGGUACGACUGCCGAUGUGGACGCCAUCAUUUUGUGCACCGGCUACUACUUCCACUUUCCAUUCCUUGAGGAGCGUCUUCGACUGAAGGCCAAGAAUAUCUUGUAUCCUGCUGGCAUGUACAAGAAUGUACUUUGGACCGAGGCUGGCAACAACAAGUUUUUUUACAUCGGAAUGCAGGACCAGUACUACACCUACACCAUGUUUGACGCACAAGCCAAGUGGACUGUGAAUUGCAUCACAGGGGAGCUGAAACUCCCUGAUAAGGAAGCCAUGAGGAAGGACAUAGAGAAAUGGAUCGCAAAAAUGAAUGAACUGAAGGACUGUCACGAUGAUAUAAAUUUCCAGACCGAAUACUUGGUCGACAUCGCCAAGAAUGCAAACUACGGAUAUGACCUGGACACCGCCCAACAGUUCCAUGACUGGGAACAUCACAAACAUGAGGACAUCCUCACUUACAGGGAUCGAAGCCACGCAAGCAAGUUUACCGGAACGCAGUCCCCAAUUCACCACUCUACAUUUAUGAAGGCGCUUGAUGACUCCAUGGCUACCUUUCUGAACACCAAAGCCUGAAAUAGCACUUGCUAGGAGCAAAGAAAGUUAUAGGUGACUGAGGCGAGUUUUAAAAGCGCCAAGGGUUGUAGAACUGUGAGGAAAAGAUUAUGUCGUGAUGAAAACAAAUUCCAUUCUUGAAACAGGUGUUGUCAGUAGGGAUUUACUUUUUCUGAUUAAAACAAAUCUUAAAGAUUCUACGUUAUUGAAUAUUUCAAUUUCAAGCUUAAAGCGGUAGGAUUUGAUAGAUAUCUUCAAUCGUUGAAUAGUUAAAUGAUACAAUAAAGUGAAGUGAAAAUCAUU